ACCGGAAAUGAAAACGUGCUUUGUUUACGUUGGUGAAUGAGAUAGCAGCUACUCCAUUAGCACUUGUCAAAAUGUCGAAAAUAGAGUUGCUGAGAUUGUUUCUCAACGAAAGAUUGACAGCUGCUGCUGAGGAGAUAUUUGGGACGAUUGAAAAAACAAUUGUUGAGUACCAGGAAGAAGUUUCCCGCACAAAAGAAGAGAACAACCGUCUACGGAGGCUGCUAAGGUUACAAAAAACAGCCCCCCAGCCGCUCACUGUCUCAGACGAGGAGGUGCUACCUGACCAGCAGCCCUGCGAGCAGAACUGGAGGCCAAGUCUCGGUCAGGAGGACCCAGAGCCCACACAGAUUAAAAAGGAACAGGAGGAACACAGGACCAGUCGAAAAGAAGAGCAACUUCAAUGGCUCGAGUCUGGUACCAAAGACUUCUCAUUCAGUCCCUCCUGUUUGAAAAGCAACUAUGACCAGACACAUAACCCAACUCAGUCCUCACACCAUGACCAAAUAGGAAGUGAGGAGAACCGACAGAAUGUGGUCCAGUCCUCGUACCUUCACCAAAUAGAAAGUGAGGAGGACGGAGAGAACCCGGCCCAGUCCUCAUACCUUUACCAAAUACAAAGUCAUGAAAAUCGAGAUAAACCAUGGCAAUGUCGUGUUUGCGACAAGUGUUUCAGUAACAUUCAUCACCUCAAAGCACACGUGAGGAGUCACACAGGAGAGAGGCCAUACAAGUGUCCUAUUUGUCGGAAAUGCUUCAUGACAACAAGCGCUUUAAAUAGACAUCAGACAAUCCACGCUGAGGGAAAACAGUAUAGUUGUAAUUACUGCGGCAAAUCUUUCAAAUGGAUGAACUCCCUGGGAAGACACAUAAGGAUUACUCAUGAAAGGGAGAAUAUAUGACAUUUUGUAGGUACAUUGUGUUUGGAGAGGGCAGCAAUUGAUAUGAAAAAGUUACAUAAUGUUUAUUUUUUAAACACUGUUGUCAUCUAUAGACAGGUUUAGGGUAUGUUUUGGUCUUCUGUAUGUCCAGGGAAGUGCAUUAUUCUAUAUAAAAAUAUAUAUAUAUUACAGGAUGUGGAAAUAAUGUGAAUCCAAGUGAACAAUUAUUAUUUUUUGGCUAUAAAUGCUGAUCAGAAAUAAGGAAGAUCAAUAUGCAUUAUUUGUAUAAAAUCUGAAUAAUAAAGUGAAAAUUCAGGCCUAGACUGUAUUGUGCAGAAUGAUUGUGUAGAAGCAUUGUUUUAGUGUUGUUUCUGUUGUGUAAUGCGACAUCCCAUCUGUUGGGUCCUCUACUCUGUGUCAUUACUGUUGUGAAGAAAACAAUUGAAUAUGCUUAGAAUCUUUUCGGGACCCUGCCCUUUCUAAUGUGCACACGUUAAUCAACACCAGCUAUGUUAUCGUAGGCAGUGUGUGCUUUGGCAUCCUACUUAUCAACAAAUAAAUGCCUGAUAUCUUG